GGGCAUUACAGCAGCGUCGUUUCAUCAGCGGCGCGCACGCAGCUGAAACGCCGCAAAGCUCAGUUACAUAACAGAGGGCGCGAGGAACGGUCGCUCCCAAUCAUGCUAUUAAUUUUAACAAAUUAAUUGCGUUGUGAAUUUUGUUUAAUAACUUCUAGUAAACCAGAAUGAAUUUUGACAGCUGGCGCUGGCCCGAGGGCGCCGCGUCCGUGCGCAUCGACACCAAGGUGCGCUUCACCGACGACGCGCCGCGCAGCGAACACAAAAAUAAUCGAGGCGAGGUGCAAGCCGAUGAGCCCCAGUUCGAAGAGCCGUCCAACACCGAGGGGUUCUACAACCGCCCCCCGGGGGCGGGCCGCUACCCCGUGCGCGUCCAGGCCUACCACCCCUACAGGGUCGACGAGCAAGGCAUCUACUCUUUGAAGAAGACGCCGCAACACUACUCGGACGGGACCCUGGACUCGCUUCAGUACUGCAAGUGUGUCUCCACGCCCGAAUGCAACCCGUCCGUGGACUCAGCUAAAGCAUGUGGUUUGGGUAAAUUCUUAUGUUGCUACAAACGGCCGAACAAAAGCACACCCCAGAACACAGAAUUUUUCAAUGAAGUCGAAGACGAACGUCCAAUGUUGCUGCCCGGUCAAGGCGAACGCGCCGGCCCCUUCCCGCCGCCGCCCGAUACCGUCCUCAACGGCGUGUUCGGGCCCGGCCACGGACACGAGGCCGCGCUCCUCGGCACCCUGCAGGACAACCGCGGCCCGCACCAGGCCGUCCUCAUAGGCCCGGAAGGCCCGACUGGCCAAAUCGGACCUAAGAGACCUGUACUCGUGGGCCCCGGGGGACCCACCGGCAUCAUCGGUCCUGAUCAAAACCGAGGAAUGCUCGUUGGCCCCGACGGUCCGACUGGCAUCAUCGGCCCGGGAAAUAACCGAGGAGUUCUCGUCGGCCCCGACGGUCCCACUGGUGUCAUCGGCCCCAAUCAGCAGAAUAGAGACGUAUUGGUCGGCCCGGGUGGUCCCACCGGUGUGAUCGGCCCCGGUCAGCAGAAUAGAGGCGUGUUAGUGGGCCCGGGUGGGCCCACCGGUGUUAUCGGGCCGGGUAUUGUGAAUAAACAAGAAUACGAAUAUUUCAAUUCCGGUAAACACGAUGCUGGGCAAGACGAAACGGCACAGAGAGGAAUUCUAGUCGGUCCCGGGGGUCCCACAGGAAUCAUAGGGCCGGCGGGCUAUGGGCGGCGACCUGUGCUCGUGGGCCCUGGCGGCCCGACGGGCAUCAUCGGGCCGUACGGCGGCCGCAGCGGCGGGCGGCCCGUGCUCGUGGGCCCGGGCGGCCCCACCGGCAUGAUCGGGCCACCGAGGAGAUACUACGGUAAAUAAUGUGUGUGACGUGUGCGGCUUAGUGACUAAUAAACUUAACUUGACCGCGCCAUCGCGGCAGCGUGUUUGAGCGCCGCAGUGGUCGCCGUAGACUGGUAUGUGUAAAUAUUAUGGUAGUUAGAAGCGUGUGCGCCUCGUUGCUCGCUGUAGUCGCCUAGGAGGUUACCGUGUGCAGUAGAUGUAAGUGAACAUUGUACAACUAACUCGCCCGACCGUUCGCAGGGUGUUCGCGACAAAUUAGAAACAAAGCUAAAACUUCACCCACUUCCAAACCUAAACCAUGCAAGAGACAUUGAUAUCUAAGUAAUAGUUUUUUUGGAUUUUUAUAAGCAAGAGGAACCAUUAAUUUUGUACCUAAAUAAAGUUACCAAUCAUC